AUGGCAGAAAAGUCCAUUUACACCACGGACUCUGUCAAUCCGGAUCCUGCCCGACUCAACGAAUACGACGCGCACCCUAAGGAUGAGCUCGAGCUCAAUGUCGGCGGGCGCGGUGCCCUUCAUCGCCGUCUACGCAAUUACCAGGUUACAAUGAUUGGGUUCUGCAGCGGAAUUGGAACGGGAUUGUUUGUCGGAACGGGAUCUGCAUACGCCAAGGCUGGUCCAGCCGGCCUGUUACUCGCAUAUAUCAUCAUUGGAGCUAUUCUCUGGUGUGUGAUGCAGAGUAUUGCGGAGUUAGCGACACUUUUCCCAACAGCCGGUUCGUUUCCGCAUUGGGCUACGAGAUUUAUUGAUCCUGCCGUUGGAUUCUCGCUCGCAAUCUCAUAUGGAUAUUGUUAUACUAUUGCUAUUGCGUCCGAGGUUUCUGCUGCGGCUGUUAUCGUGUCGUAUUGGACGGAUAUAACGCCUGCGGUGGUGAUUACGGUUGGCCUGGUGCUUAUAUUGGCUAUCAAUUUGAUGAGUGUGAGGUUUUAUGGGGAGUCGGAGGUUGUUGGGGGUGCGGUUAAGGUGCUUUGCUUUUUGGGCCUAGUCGUUGUCUCUAUUGUUAUCACUGCUGGCGGUGGUCCUAGUGGGGAGACGAUUGGAUUCAGAUUCUGGCAUAAUCCAGGUGCUUGGGUUGAUUUUGAUGGUAUUACUGGGCCGACGGGACAUUUCUUGGGAUUUGUUUCUUCAUUCGUCAACGCUUCGUUCAGCUUCAUUGGAGUUGAAACUGUCGUUAUUACAGCUGCUGAGUCUGUGGAUCCGCAUCGCGCUAUUCCCAAAGCCGCUCGCCGCGUUACCUAUCGAAUCGCGUUCUUCUAUAUCCUCGGCGCGUUUCUCAUCGGUAUCAUCGUGGAUCCUACCAACUCCAACCUCACAGCUGGUGAUGAUAACGCGAACAGUUCCCCGUUCGUCAUUGCGAUCAAGGAAGCUGGUAUUUCCGCUCUGCCCUCUAUCGUCAACGCCUGUAUUCUUGUCGCCGCAUGGUCCGCCGGAAACUCAUAUUGCUGGGUUGGCUCCAGAAUGAUUGUUGCCAUGACCACUGAUCACCAGCUACCUCAAAUCUUCGGUCGCGUGGACAAGCACGGCGUCCCAUAUGUCGCAGUUAUCACCGCCUGGCUCUUUGGGCCAUUGGCUUAUCUGAGUCUCGGAAGCGGCGGUGCAGCUCAAGCAUUUACCUGGCUUCUUAACCUGAGUACCAUUGCUGGAUUAAUCGCAUGGGCUACCUUGUGCUUUUGCUUCAUUCGAUACUACGCAGCGAUGAAGAAGCAGGGAAUUUCCCGUGACACAUUGCCUUGGACAGCACCGUUCCAACCUUACGCGGCUUGGAUUGGAUUCUGGGGCUCCAUCCUCAUCACGCUGGUUGCUGGGUUUGAAGUGUUUUUGAAAGGCCACUGGAACACAUCCGACUUCAUUGCGUCAUAUAUCGGUAUUCCCAUCUUCAUUGUGCCCAUUAUAUGCUGGAAGCUGUGGUACCGCACCAAGUUCCAACGCGCUGCUGAAAUCGACCUCUGGUCAGGCCGUCUCCAAGAUGGGGAGAUUCAGCCACAAAAAAACCCGCGCAAUACCCUUUGGGGACGCUUCCUUGACUGGCUUGUGUAA